GACGAAGUCGACGAGGUGGAGGAAGAGGAGGACGAGGAGGAGGCCGACGAUGUGACGCCAGCGAACAGCCCUGGCACCAAGAAUUCCAGUGAGAGAAAAGAGUCUGAUGGUUCGGACUCCAGGCAUCGUGUGCGCGGUUCAACUUCCCCCCUGAUUGGAUGCGUUGCAGGCUUCCGCUUUGAUUUAGACAGGCACUAUUCUUCCUUCUCAAGUAUUGGCUCGGGUCUGACCACGGUGCCGGAAAAUGACCUUGCGAGCCCGGAGGCUGCUUCCGCAGGGGCCUUCGCCAUUACGACUUCCUCGGGCAGUCCGUUCCAGGCACCGAUGACUCGUUGUGAGAACGACUGCUUGCGGACCUCUAGAUGGGGUAGGGCUCCGCCGCAGUUUGAGGGAAUUCCCACGGAGGUUGGUCGAAGUGGCGAAUGCGAAGAAGUCAUCAAACUUCAGGACACACUCUCGAUUCCUCACGAGCCGGUACGUCUGUAUGAGGUCGCCUAG